UUCACAUUCCUUCCUUCACUUCUUUUCCUUUCAAGCUGAAAACCAACUCCCCAACACUACUACCCUUUUCUUAAGAAAUACCAGUACUAAAGCGAGCAACAUCAAAGCUGUACCUCAGUUCUCCCUUAAUUUGUUAUAUGGAGAAUCAACAAGAACAGCAGCAGCAGCAGCUUCCUGCCAUGAGAUCAAGAUUCAGGCGUGUCUGUGUGUUCUGUGGCAGCAGCCCUGGCAGGAAUCCAAGCUACCAGCUCGCCGCUCUCCAGUUAGCCAAAGAAUUGGUUGAGAGGGAGAUUGACUUGGUUUAUGGAGGAGGAAGCAUUGGGCUCAUGGGACUCGUCUCUCAAGCCGUCUAUGAAGGUGGCCGCCACGUUCUCGGGGUGAUUCCGAAGACUCUUAUGCCUAGAGAGAUUACUGGGGAACCCGUAGGCGAAGUAAAACCCGUGUCGGGAAUGCAUCAACGGAAAGCCGAAAUGGCUCGCCAGGCGGACGCAUUCAUCGCCCUUCCUGGAGGAUACGGGACUCUCGAGGAGCUCCUCGAAGUCAUCACUUGGGCUCAGCUCGGGAUCCACGACAAACCUGUGGGCUUGUUGAACGUUGACGGAUACUACAAUUCAUUAUUAUCGUUCAUCGACAAGGCUGUGGACGAAGGGUUCGUCGCCCCGGCUGCCCGUCACAUUAUCGUCUCUGCCCAAAAUGCCCACGACCUCAUGGUCAAGCUCGAGGAAUAUGAGCCCCAGCAUUGUGGUGUAGCAUCGAAGCUGAGCUGGGAGAUGGAGCAGCAAUUGGGUUACACAAUCAAGUCAGACAUCGCCCGUUGACCGAAAUAUUUUUACAUUUGUUGUCCUAAAAAAUUGUAGUUUGUCUGUUUAUGAGGGUUUUUUUACUGUAGUACCUAGUUGUAAUUUGUUAAUAGUUUAGGGUACCUUUCAGAUUACUGUAUAAGAAGAAGAGGGAGAAAAAAAAAAACACCAGUGAGUUUAACGUGGUAAUUUUUAUGCUAGGGUUUUUUUUUUUUUUUUACCUUGUUAGUUAUUUCUCUCUUGGCCACUUGUUUGUAGGUGAUGAUUACUAAAUUAUAUAAAUUAUUAUUUCCCAUUUGGGGGGUUUGAACAAACUUUGUAAAUCUUA